AUGGCUCGUGUCUGGUUCAAACUUGAAAAUGCGGCCUGGGAUAAAGUUUCUUUGAAAGAAGUCGAAGACGUUGCUGAUCUCAAAGAAUCAAUCAAAAGAAAAUCAACUCCAUUACUCAAAGAUUAUGCUACAAGCCAGCUCACUGUCAAAGCCACAAAAAUAGAUAACAGAAACGCCAGUCAAGCA